CGAAAACCAUUGUGUUUCAGCCCCCUUUGAGGACCAGGGCCUCUCGCCUCACGGGAAAUCUCGUUCAUCUAUCCUUGAUCGACAGAAAGUGCAGAAUCAACCGACCCACCGAAUUCACCAGGUUCAUUCAGUCAUUCUUAUUAUGCGGCUCAUGAUGUCUUGGUGCUCUUGCUUGGUCGUCAUCUUUCUACUUCAGCCAAGUCAUGGAACCAGCGUUUCGGCUUACAAUAUUACUGCAUCGGAGCCACUCUUUCCGAACCAAACCCUCGUCUCCUCUGGACAAAUAUUCGAGCUUGGGUUCUUCACGCCGAGCGGGUCAGAAAAUCAGUAUGUUGGCAUAUGGUACAAGAACUUGCCGCCUUCUAAGAUAGUGUGGGUGGUCAAUAGGGAACGGCCGCUUGCGUCCACAGAUAGGUCUGCAAAAUUAACGAUAGGCAGUGAUGGGAAUUUGAACCUCAUGGAUGGACAACAAAAUAUAGUUUGGUCUACCAAUGUCUCUAGUUCGUCAAAUCAUACUUCGGCGGCACUAUUAGAUAGUGGAAAUUUUGUACUGCAGGAUGCAAAUUAUAGUAAAAUAUGGAGAAGCUUCGAUGAUCUGACAGAUACUCUUCUUCCGGGCAUGAAGAUGGGAGUAAAUGCCAGGACUGGGGAGAAACUCUAUUUAAUUUCCUGGAGAAGCGACAGUGAUCCGUCCCCUGGAAGGUUCUUGACUGGGAUAACAUCGGAGAGGCCGCCUCAACUUUUCACUUGGAAUGGUUCCACCCCUUACUGGAGAGGCGGACAAUGGGACAAAUCGAAAUUUAUCGGCAUAAAAAACAUGGCCCGAUCGUACUCGAAUGCAAUCAAUGUCGAGCAAGAUAUUCAGCAGGGGACCACUUACUUAUCUUUUGAUUUACGCAAGCAGACCUAUGCAUACAUAUCUGUUUUCCCUGGAGGAUUGCUUAAGCCAAUGAUCUGGGAUGAUGGAGCUAAGGUGUGGUUGGCACUUAGGGCAGCACCGAACAAUACUUGCGAGACUUAUGGAACUUGUGGUCCUUUUGGAGUUUGUAACUCAAUGAGUUUGCCUAUUUGCAGAUGCUUAAAUGGGUUUGUGCCAAAGUCAAAUGAAGAAUGGAACAGUGGAAACUGGACCGGAGGAUGUGUAAGAGAGACAGAAUUGUAUUGCCAGAAAAACACAAGCACAUCGGCUUCAACAAUUUUAAAGCAAGAUGCCUUUCGGCAAAUGAGCCGGAUGAAACUACCUGACUCUGAGGAUUAUUUAUCAGACAUUGGAGAUCAAGAAGGAUGUUUAAGCUGGUGCCUGAGCAACUGUUCUUGCUUGGCUUAUUCUUAUGUCAGCACCAUCGGGUGUAUGGUUUGGACUAAAGAAAACCUCAUCGAUCUUGAGGAAUUUUCCACAGCUGGAGAAAAUCUAUUUGUUCGAGUUGCACAUGUAGAAACAGGAGGAUCAUCGCAGAAAGCCGUUAUCAUCAGCCUGAGUACUGUUGCUGGGAUCCUGUUCUUUGCAGUAUUUGUUUUUGGUCUUUGCAAAUGGAGAGCUAAGAAAAGAGGUAAACCUGAAAAGCCGGCAAACUGCUACAAGGAAAUGCAUGGAAAGAGCAUUUGAAGGAAGAUGAUGCACUGGAAUUGACUGUUUUCAGUUUUGAUGGCAUACUACUUGCUACGAACAAGUUCAGCACGACAAGUAAACUCGGGCAAGGAGGGUUUGGCUCUGUUUACAAGGGAAAGAUGAAUGAUGGGAAAGAGGUAGCUGUGAAAAGACUUUCUAGUAGCUCGGCCCAAGGUGUUCAAGAGUUCGAGAAUGAGAUAGUCCUAAUAUCAAAACUCCAACAUCGAAAUCUGGUUAAACUCAUUGGGUGCUGCAAUGAAGGAGAUGAAAAAAUUUUGGUAUACGAGUACUUGCCAAACAAAAGCUUGGACUCCUUUCUUUUUGAUUCAAAAAAGAAGGUAGAACUCGACUGGGGCAAACGAUUCCAAAUUAUUGAGGGAAUUGCAAGGGGGCUUCUCUACCUCCAUCGAGAUUCUUGCCUUAGGGUCAUACACCGUGACUUAAAAGUGAGCAAUAUUCUCUUGGAUGAAAAGAUGAACCCAAAAAUUUCAGAUUUUGGGCUGGCACGGAUGUUCGAGGGCACUCAAAUUUUGGUGAACACUCACAAAAUUGUUGGAACCUUUGGUUAUAUGUCUCCUGAGUACGCUAUGGGCGGAAUAUUUUCCGAGAGGUCUGAUGUCUAUAGCUUCGGAGUGUUGCUACUGGAGAUUGUUAGUGGCAGAAAGAACUCAGCCUUGUUUGAUCAAGGAUAUCUCAAUCUCCUUUCCUAUGCAUGGCAAUUAUGGAGUGAAGGCAAAGCAUUGGACCUACUGGAUGAAGCUAUUGCUCUUAGCUUUCCAUUGGAGGUAAUAAGAUGCAUCCACAUUGGGCUUCUCUGUGUCCAGGACCAUGCUAUGGAUAGACCAAACAUGACGAAUGUGGUUCUAAUGCUAAGCGGUGAAUCAGAUCUUCCUCGGCCGAGACAACCUAUAUUCACUUUCCAAACUGAAAUGCCAAAUCAUGCUAUUCCACCGCAGCAAGAAAGCAUCUGGUCUGUUAACACUGUCACUAAUACAAUGGUCGAAGGAAGAUGACGGCUAUGUUUUUUCAUUUUUGUUUUCCUUCGUUUGCAGCUGAUUUUGUUGUUAUUUUCCAAGAUAUUAGCCUACGUUUGGUCGUUUGGAUUUCUAAUCAGGAUAGGAUCGCAUAGAAUAGGAUAUGAAACCUAAGGAUUUUACUAUAUCCUAUUAACUGUCUGAUGAUUACGGUAAUAAAGUUAGAUAUAUACAUAUUAUAUCAUUAUACAUUA